UCUCUCCCCGGUCCUCCCCACUCUAGAUGCCAAUACCCCCUGUUCCUGGGCAAGCCCAUCAUCACGAAGGAGGCUCUACUCUAGCGUCGUAGCACUAGCUUGGGGUCUAGAGAGAGAAGACACGCGAGAACAGAACAAAGACGAGACGGGAGAGAGGACCCAGUAGGGAAGAAGAAGAAGGGAACUCCGAGAUUGGGGGGCAAGGGCAACUGAUCAGGGCAACAGGCCUCCCCCGGAGAGGCGACGCUAGGCGUGAGCUCGGACGUUUCCUCCGAUUCGCUGGGAGCUGCGCGCCGCCGGUCGACGCGCGAUGGCGGGCGUUGACGCGGAGAGGUACGCGCAGAGCCCGGCGCAUCACGCCGUGGCUAUUCGGGACCACGCUGCCUUGCGCCGCGUGCUGGACGCGCUCCCGCGGGCGCGGAAGCCAGAGGAGAUCCGGACGGAGGCGGACUCCAUCGCCGAGGAGACGCGCGCAGAGGCAGUCUCGGCCGUCAUCGACCGGCGCGACGUUCCUGCGCGCGAGACCCCGCUCCAUCUCGCCGUCCGCCUCGGCGACGCCGUGGCUGCCGAGAUGCUCAUGGCUGCUGGGGCUGACUGGAGCCUGCAGAACGAGCACGGCUGGAGCGCGCUCCAGGAGGCCAUCUGCGCGCGAGAGGAGACGCUGGCACGCGUCAUCGUGCGCCACUACCAGCCUCUCGCGUGGGCCAAGUGGUGCCGCCGCCUCCCCCGCGUUGUCGCCACCAUGCGCCGUAUGCGCGACUUCUACAUGGAAAUCACAUUCCACUUCGAGAGCUCCGUCAUUCCCUUCAUCUCCCGCAUCGCACCCUCGGAUACCUACAGGGUCUGGAAGCGUGGCGCCAACCUCCGCGCCGACAUGACGCUUGCAGGCUUCGACGGGUUCAAGAUCCAGCGCUCUGACCAGACCAUACUCUUUCUCGGGGAGGGCUCAGAGGACGGCAAGGUGCCGCCUGGGUCAUUAUGCAUGAUUAACCAUAAGGACAAGGAGGUGAUGAACGCUCUUGAAGGGGCUGGUGCGCCGGCUUCGGAGGCAGAGGUCCAGCAGGAGGUCACGGCGAUGUCACAGACGAAUAUCUUCCGACCAGGGAUAGAUGUUACUCAGGCGGUGCUGCUUCCACAGGUCACAUGGCGGCGGCAGGAGAGAACAGAGGCCGUUGGCGCAUGGAAGGCUAAGGUGUAUGACAUGCACCAUGUUAUGGUGAGUGUCAAGUCAAGGAGGGUUCCCGGUGCCAUGACAGAUGAGGAAUUCUUUUCAGCUUGCAAUGAGAAUGAUACUGAGAGUGAGGGGUUUGAUGAUGUCCUGACUGAGGAGGAGAAGAGGCAGCUGGAAUCUGCGCUUAAGAUGGAUUCUCCAGAUGCUGGUCGUGCAAGCCAAUCUGACACGUUUUUAGGUCCUCGGCAUAGUUGCUUUGAGCCAAGAGAGAGGGAGAUACCAAUUGAGGAUUUGAGCAUUUCUGGAAAUGGGGACAGUAAACAUGAUAGGAAAGGUUGGUUUAGUAGUUGGGGAAAGAGGGGUCAAACUAGCAGUAGCAAGCAAGAGGGGACGAAGAAGAUGGCACCUCCAAGAAGUUCGCUCUGUGUAGAUGAGAAGGUGAGCGACUUCCUUGUUGAAUCUCCAUCAAAUGUACAAACGAAACCAGGCAGGCAUUCAGUAGAUGUAGUAAGAGCGGAUGCAAACAGAAGAGGCAAGGAAAGGGAUCGUAAACCUACCACUUCAGAGAAUGGGCAUAGGCGCAAAGAAAGUACCAAGGAAAGUGAGUAUAAGAAAGGUCUAAGGCCUGUUCUUUGGUUGUCCCCUAACUUCCCUCUUAGGACUGAGGAGCUCUUGCCACUGCUUGAUAUUCUUGCAAACAAGGUGAAGGCAAUUCGUCGUCUGAGGGAUCUACUUACAACAAAACUGCCUCCAGGAACUUUUCCUGUCAAGGUUGCCAUUCCAGUUGUACCUACAAUCAGGGUUCUUGUGACAUUCACAAAGUUUGAAGAGCUGCAGCCAUUAGAGGAGUUCACAACGCCUCCUUCCAGCCCUGACAAUUGCAAGAGCCCAGUAGCGCAGACGUCUUCAAGCUCCUGGGUUCAGUGGAUCAAGGCUCCCUACCGUCAGAACUUCUCGGCAGGACAAGGCCCCAGCAGCCGCGUGGAGGACAUCCAGGAUCCCUUUGUUAUCCCUGCAGAUUACAUCUGGACAACACCAGAAGAGAAGAAAAAGAAGACGCAAGAAAACAAGAACAAAUCGAAGAAGGGCAGAAGCGCAACUUAGAUAGAUAGCAUUUGGUGGUCUGAGGUAUACUGUGGACUAGCCUGGAAUCAUCAAAAGACCAGUUACUCCAGUGACAUGCUCUUAUCUGACAGGAUUUAUGAGUGGAAAGGUUUGAAGAUUUCAACAAACUUCGGUUGACCAGUGUCGAUUCUCAAGAAACAACCGCUUGUCUAGUUUCGAUGUUAUAAACAUUUGUUGGUAACAUUCUUUCUUUAACCCAAAUUCCGAUUUGCUGUGGCUUUAGUGCUUUACUAGUAGAUUUUAACCGAGUUGGCUUGCUGAUAAUUACCGUGUGGUUUCAUUAAUUGCCAGCGGCUUUGCAUUCUUGAUGUCGCUAAACAUCAGUACCAUUUCUUUUUCCGAGA